CGCCGGCCUUCCCUUUCUCAUCGCUGGCCGAGCGACUUAUACCCCGUCCUUUCCAUAUCAAAGCUGGGCUUUGGUAGCAGGCCAAGGUGGUCAGAGUCUCAGUGCUUUGCACAACGCGACGACCACUCACGAACAAUUCCGCACGAGAGUAUCUUACGAGGACCUCACCAUAGACGCGCCUCCCUCCCAUUGCUUCCCGUACUUCGCUUGGAAGCGUGAUGGAAGGCGCUCAGAUCUCCAUCCCAGACUUGGACGACGAUGAGAUCUUCAACAACCUGCCUCAGCCGGCCUUCGCCACGACGUCGGUGUCGGGCCCAGCUGCCUCGGUGUCUGGCAGCGAUCUUGGCAGAGGCUCCUUCGAAUUAGCAGGCCCUUCGCGGCCAUGGCUGUCUCAUGGCAGGUCAGGAUCUGGUACCAGUGGAGAGUCAAGUCUGAUGGGUGCAGAAGGCUCUGGAGGCGAUGCGCUGACGCAGCCGAACGGCAAGGCUUCUAGCGGACCGUGGGCUUUUCCCAGGAAGACCUCUUUCGCAAGUCUCAAGGCUGCCAUCAAGGGUGGAGGGAGCGGCAAUGCGCCUCCUUCAUCCUCACAGCUAGCAGAGGCCUCGUCGGCUAGACCGUCUUUCUCCAAAGCACCGAGUGGCUCUGUAGCCACGCUAAGCACGACACCGAAGAAGAGCGGAUCCUUACCUUAUUCACAUCACGGCAGAAGUCAAAGCCAAGUCUCUGGUAGUCAAAGUCGUAGCCAGGGUCAAGCAGCUCAGCCUCCAUCUGCAUCUUCGUCUUCCGCAUAUCCCUCACAUCGAACCCAUGGCCAACAGGCCUCAUUCUACUCUGAGCAAUCCGCCGGCACAGGCACUGGAAGCUCUGGGGCUGGAUAUCCUGCCCAGCCACCCCUGCCAGCGUUUCCGGAGCAGUUCCACACAAACAGCAAUGCUGGCACAAGCUACGCUCUCCCACUCAGACCCUCCGAAAGCGAAAGUGCUUUGUUACCUCCUCGCCCUUCGGGAGAAUACCUCGAAGGCGACCUGGGCCACAGCCAGCAAUCCCCAGCAACACACUUUGAUCCUCACGGGAAGUACCAGUCGGAUGGUGAUCUGGCAGGGUAUGGGUGGGUGAAUGGCCCUUCUCAGACUGGACCGAAUUACUUCAGCCCAAUGGCCGCUGCCGCUGCUGCUGCUGCCCGCUCUGCUUCUGCUGGUCCCAGUAAGCUCGGUACAUUACCCAACGGGAUCGGCUCGCCAAAUCCGCGUACGCCAUCCGAAUAUGCCCUGAAUGUCCUCAUGUCGCGCUAUUUGACGCGGACAAGAAUCAAGGUACAAGGUGUACUCAAUCACGGCAUGUCAGCAGAACCACUGCUAGAGCAGUCGUUCGGUCAUCGUGUGGACGAAGAAUUCGAGGCUCUUCUUGCAUCCAUCGCUCAUGUCUCGCGGAGCAAUCCGAAGCUGGUGGUGGAAAGUCUCUUCAGCUGGCAGGCAAUGCACAUCGAUAGUCCCGUCGAUGCAGAGACCGUUCGAAGAGCAAUGUCGGAAGCUGCACACCUGAAUGCGAGCCAGCAAUCGAUAGCUGCAGCAGCAGUAGCGGGAAGCAACAGCAAUGGCGGUGCCCAGACUUCUGGUAUCGGCGGUGGCGUCAAAGACAUUGCCACCAUUCUCAGCAGACGGCGAUUCUUGGCCUGCACGUACAUCUUGUCCCGAACCCUCAUCGAAGUCAGUAAGCAACUCCAGCCCGGAGCACUCGGAGAAAGCAGCCUCAACAGCUUCCUCUCGAACGUCUUUGAGCUGUUGCAGGACUGCUCAAGGAAUCGACUGCCAAAGUCGAUGAUGCAGAAUACUGCGUUCGAAGAAGUAUCACGUUUGCUCGGCGAGCUCUCCAAAAAAUACUUUAUGCCGAUCGGAGAUCGCUUCAUCUCCAUGCUCGAGCAUUGCGCAAAGUUGCCGCCCUCAAAGAACGUCGAGCUGUCUCAAGAAACUGCCGUUCUAGGGAUGCGCCAUCUUUCCAUCACUGUCUUCCCCAUGGAGACCUUCGAAGAAGGGGCCGAGUUCCUCGAGACGAUAGCCCGCUUUUUCGCUGGGGCGCAUGGACAGAGAGUCAAGUGCGCAUAUGCGGAGACUUUGACGCAUCUGAUACUGCCGGUGGCUCAGUCAGCUUCGGCCGAGAUCAAUCAUCCGACUUGGCAAAAGGCCAUGGAUAUUGUAGGACCUCGAGCCUACACCAUGGCUACGAAACCAAGAUACUGGCCCAUUGCCUACCCUCUGUAUGUCGCAACGCUGUGCGGGUCGUCAGACGAUACAUUCUCCCAAGGUUUUGCCGGCGCUGGAAAUUGGGGCUGGACUACGUGCCUCGAGUCAGCUCUGCCGCGACUGAAGGAUCGUAAUCUGAGGCCGAUCGUCUUGAAUGCUGCUCUCAGACUGAUCUGGGUUUACAUGUUCCGAUGUCGAGAAAGCACCACCACUACAACGAAAAGGCUGGGCGCCUUCUUCCGACAGUGGUUCCCUGCUACGAGACCUGCUGUCAUUAUCGGCGCCGAGACUUCGCACGCACCGCAUGUUGCGAUGUUGCAUUUGGUACUGUAUCGACACUUUGAAUUUGGUCGAGAUCUCAUCCUCGAGUUUCUUCGCCACAGUGCCUUGAGUGGAUCUACCCUCUCUCUGCAAACAGAUGUCCUGACGCCGCCGCGCAUGAUUGCUGCCAUCCGAGCAGUGAUGAUGGUGUUAGACGCCCACGUCAAAGGCGAGUCGCCACCAUUUCCUUCCAGUGCGGACUUUGGUCGGUACGAUCUGGUUGACUUCAACGGGAUGGGCGACGAGCUACCAGACAGCUUCAGUUCCCCCAAGCCGGACAUAGGGGAUGCACAAAUCAAGUUCAAUGAUCUGAUAGGUAAGAUCGCGCUCAUCUGCGACCACCAAGUUGCUACCACCACUGUCUUCGACGAAUCCGUCAUUGUCCUGCGAGGGGGACCUGUCAGCCAUGGCGUGGGAUCUACCAUUCCAGGUACCCAAUCAAUGGCAAGUAUGGCCGCUCUGGUUGAUCACGAGCGACAUAUCAUGCGGCAGCACCCAAGAACUAAGUUGACGGUAGCGUACGUAAGAGAGCAACAACCAUACGUCGAUCUGCUCCGAGCCUGCUUUGAAUCUUGGCCACGAUGCCUUGCCUCUAGCAUUCCCUUCGCAAGUGUUCUCUCUGUCCUAUUCCGCGCCACGUUCAGUGCAGACCCAGAUUUGGGCGAUGCAGCGUCUCAAACGUUGAGGAGGAUAGCUCAGCAGCGUAGCAAUGGCGCUGCUGCCGUCGUCUCAGGCUUUGGACGAUUCAUCUUUCGCACAAAUACGAUCUUCUGGGAGACCCAUCCGCACCAGAUCUCGCUUCUACCGAAGGUGGAAGCAGCGGUCAAGGUCUGGCUGGAUUUCCUCAACAUCUGGCUUGGCCAAUUGAGGGCUAGCCAGGCUGACGGAGAGCAAGGUGUCGACGCUAAGAUGGAGAGGACCAGUGCUUGGGCCAUCAAUGACGAGGUCGAGGCAUAUGGUCUCCUGCUCUUGUGUUCGGGCCAUCGACCGCUUCGACGGCUAGCGAUUAGCACUCUGAGAAUCGUCUCGAUCCUUGAUGAAGCAUUUGCGACGCCCGGAGGCGAUGUGCGCGCAGGUGCGGGUGCGCCUGGCGUUGAUGGCUUCCCUGCUGUGGCCGAGCCGACGCGUAUCAUCCAUCUCCUCGAUCUGCCAUGCCGUACGUUCUGCAAUGUUGACGACUCACGUCUCAAUGCCGAUCAGCGCCAGAAGGUCACAGAGUGGAACCGCAACAACAGCAUGAACCCUCUCAGCGACUUGGCCGAGAGUGAUCUGUCAAUAGAGCACUCGCUUUGGCAGCAUGUUCUUCCGCGCUUUCUGCGUAAUUGUUUGGAACGCUUCCCCACUACUGUGGCAGUCUUUCGCUCUCAUGUCACGAAUAGACUGCUCAGCAUGGACUCAGCAGUCGGGAUCGCUGCAGGUCUGGUGCCACGAGCGCCAACUAUGCAUGGUGGGUCCACCGUCAGAUCGAUCCCUGCUUCCCCAGCAGCAUCGCUCGGACUGGCACCCACGUCACAGUCGACGGCGUCUCCGGCUGACCAAUCCCUCAUGACAGAGCAUUGGAAGAUGUACAUCCUCGCCUUGUGCACAACGACAACCUCCACUGAGGGCUCACGAGGUGCCGUCAAUACAGCUGCUCAAUGGCGGCAGCAGCAAAGCGGCGAAGUGGACGCUUCAGAGCGGGUCAUUGCAGCUCGCGACCUAUUUCAGAAGCUCGUCCCUUUCUUGGCCUCGGAUCAGGCAAAAUUUCGAGAAGCAGCAGUCAUGGCGCUAGGUAACAUCAACCUCAAUUUGUAUCGCACGCUCCUAGAGACCUUGCAGUCUGUCAGCUCUCAAAUCAACGAGGGAGGUCGCAAUCGAUCCAUGGGAAGGACUACGGCAUCCGCCCGUCGUCAUACCCGCCUCAGGACUGCUCUCGCUCACGUCGUUCAGCUGACAUCUUCUCACAUGUCUGGGGACUCCACUUUGUCGGAUACUGCCAUUAUGAACCUGGUCAUUGGAUGGGUGAAGGACACUUUCAAUUUUCUCAUCGCCAAGGAAGUUGAGCUAGACUGGGAUUUUCAGCUCCUUCGUCGAUACUUCUGUGGAGUGGUCGAGGAUCUAUACAGAGGAUUGGCCUCGCGAAACGAGUGCGAUCGCUUCUUUCCAUUUACCACGCGUCUAAGAAUGUUCAGGAUGUUCGCAGACUGGUACGCCUACAGUCAAUCGGCGAGAGAUGGCCCCUCGAAGCUGGCCAAUCUUCUUGCGAGUGUCGCAGGGCAAGCGAGGGACGAGAAGCAGAGAGAGCACACCAUAACCACACUGCGGGAUGAGACCCAGGCUCUCUCGUUCCACGCCAGUGACGCUAUGGCGACUAUGUGCAUGGGGCCCAUUAAGGAUAAAGUCACGCCUACGACCAACACUCCUUUCGAGCCUACAUGGUUAGUGGUCUGGCUGGAAGGGCUGUUCAAAUCACCGUCUCCGAUCAAUCAAGGCGUUGCGAGACGCGCUCUGCACGCAGUGCUGCAGCAGAAUCCCAGCAAUGCUGAACUAGUCAACGCCGCCAUCGUGAGCUCUUUCCACGAACUCGACAAGCUCAGAGCCCCACAAUCAUUGUUCGCUUGUUUGUGCGAAAGCAUAGUCAGCUUGAACUCUGUGGAGGUGCCGUUGCACCACGUAUUCUGCCUUGGUCUGACCAAAUUGGGUCAUCCUGACACAGAACUUCGCAGAAAAGCCUUUGCCCUCGUCGAGUGGACCGUGAAGAAGAACAUGCCAGACCUCUCUUUGCACGACAUCGAAGUAGGUGUGAACAGUCCACUACCUGCCACUUAUCUUCGUGCCCAGCGCGAGGUGUCCGCCUAUCUUGCACACCACUUCUCGUCGCUCAAAGUAGCUAUGGUCUGCGAGUUUACAUUGAGGCUCAACGUGAUCGAUGCUUCGCGCAGAUCGACCACGCUCGGCCUCCUCCCGGAUUGGCUGAGGAGCAUAGACCUCUUACAAGGCGCCGAGCAAGCUGGUGGGGACAAUAGCUUGACCUACUGUUCGAUGCUGGUCCUCAGCAACCUCCUCUUCCUGACGAUCAAACAUGGAGAUGAGCACAACUUCGAGAUACAAGACGCCUGGGCAAGCCUAGCGGAAGGCGGGCAGAUCCUUCUCAAUGCUAAUGCGAUUAUCAAGUUCUUGGUUGAGCAGGGGCUCUGUUAUCCCACCCCCAGCUUCGUUGUGCAGGCCAAGCGAGUCGUCUCUUGCCUCUCACACACUAUCAUAGGACCUUUGAUGUUCGACGAACUCUGUGCCUUCAUUGAGCCGACGACGAUGAUCCCAGUGCCACAGAGCGAGAUUGCGGUGCAGACAAGUACUGCCGAACAUGCGACUCUAUACCGAGCGGCGCUGACAUCGGUUUUGCCCGAGCCGUCUUCUCGCAUGGUCUUCUCUCCCGGCCAAUUGGCUCUCCUCUUCAUUGGCGAGCUGACCUACGAAAGAUCCGAUCGAUUGAGCACCAAGCUACCCAGCCUCUUGCACGCCAUCUUUGUGCAGAUCGAUAGCUUUGUGCCCUUCAUGCAAGAGCAGGUGGUUGGCAUGUUUGAGCAGCUGCUGCGGAGCAUGGCGGCUAUGAGUGCCGUGGCUGUUCUGCAGGCAGGCGAAAUGUCUGCCAAGGCGCAGGUCGAGAACCUCUGCACAAAUUGGACAUUCUGGUCCCAUGAUGACUCGGAGGUCGUCUUUGACGAGAUGAAGACCCCAAGAUCGAUGCGGAUCCUUCUCACAGAGACUCUCAACAUCUUGCAACCCUUGGCCCCAGACCUCGCGGAGCAGUGGGGCAACAUCGCACUGUUCUGGGCUACUUCCGGCCCAGUCCGACACCUUGCCUGCCGCUCCUUCCAAGCUUUCCGGAUCUUGCUACCAUUUGCAACACCCACGAUGCUGGCAGAUAUGCUUGGGCGCCUGUCCAAUACCAUAUCUGAUCCGAAUGCCGGAAUCCAGUCGUUCUCGCUGGAGAUUCUGUACACUCUCACUGCCCUUGUGAGGUGGACAGACGACAGUGAAGACCAGCAGCACCUCUUUAGCCAGACGUUCUGGGCCGCCGUUGCCUGUUUGAGCACUGUCAAUGAAGGUGAAUUUGAGGUAGCCAUUGACAUGCUUGACGGCCUCCUUGACAAGCUAGACAUCGGUGAGCCUGAAGUUAUCAGCCUGCUCUUGUCCAAGCUUCCUGAAGGCUGGGAGGGCGAGAGGGGCGCUAUACAGCCCCUAGUCUUGAGAGGCCUCCGAUCUUCGGUCACUUCGGCUACGUCUUUCAAGGUCCUCUCCCGUCUUGCAAAGAUCCAGGACUGUACGCUGAUCGACGCAUCCCCCGAUGACCGGCUAGCAUUCCUGUUCGUCAAUGCUCUGCCUUGGUUCCUGCAGAGUACUGAUGCUUUAGCUCAGGCGAGGGAUGAAGCUGUCCUGACUUUAGCCGAGGAUAUCGCCACGUUGGCCGAAGCACGAGGGAAAGCAGACCUCGCUAGAGUUGCUUCAUCUAUAGCCAAGGCUCGCUUCAGGACCAAGGAUGAUCUUGUGAGACAGGCCAUCAACUGCGUGAGAGCCAACUUCCUUCCUCGAUUGGCUCCCCGGCUGGCUGUGUCUCUUCUCGGCUUGACGCUCAAUCAGCACGAAUGGCUGAGGAACCAGACGAUGCAAGUCUUGAAGAUCUUCUUCCAGGUGGUUGACACUCGGUCGGAUGAGUUCGCCAGGCUAGGGUCGGAGCUGCUCAUGCCGCUACUACGUCUGCUCUCCACGCCGCUUGCAGCUCAAGCAUUGGAGGUCCUGGAUGAGCCUAUCGCAAUUCAUGGCGGACCUGCUGCGAAUCAGAUCCUGCGAAUGAGCUUGCAGUGGGGAAACCCCAGUCGCAGAAGAGAGCAGGCCAGCGAUGCUGCAAUCUUUGGCGCUCCAGACGACAGCGGCUGGGCCGUGGCCAAUCCGCAAGAGCUGACCUCGCGGACCCGCAUCAAUGUCCAAGCAGUCUUCAAGAUGUGCGAGAUGACUUUGGACGUUGCGCCGGUGUCGAUGGUCGACUUUGUCAACGAAGAUUAUGGCAUGGUCGAGGAUGGCCAAGACUACCUACUCAGUGGAAGCGGCGCUGGUAUCAGUAUGAGUAGUGACGUCGAUGGUACCACGGGUGACACCAUUGAGGGGGUGGGUCUGGGAGACCUGGUCAACCAGCUUCAGGAUCUCAGCUCCUUCUUCGCCGACGACCAGGGAAGCGCAGGCGACCUCACUGAGUCCUCUGCCUCUCUCACAAUGACUGAGGCGGACGGACGCUAUCGUGGACCCCAGGGCAAUGCGAGGGUCUUAGCAAGCUCUGGUAUGCCCAAUGCCAAUGGAAGGGCUCGAUACGGUGGCGGCAACAGGCACUACGGACAAACCCUCCCGGAGGAGGACGAAGGGGAAAGCGAGCACAACGACAACGAUGUUGCAUUGGCCUCGGACGAUGAAGACGAAGACGAUCAGGACCAAGAUACGACCCUGGAUGCUGCACGAACCACGCCUUUGCCGCCCACUGCAGACAACAGCUUCACGGUUCUGGGCGGCCUCCCAAUGGAUGCAGCUCCAUCGUCAAGGUCUACGGCGGGCCCGACACAUCGGCCAAAGCAGUCUUCGGGCAGCGAGGCCUUUGACCCAGACCUGAUGCAGGGAGCUGCUCGGACGCCCAUUGCGGAAGAGUUGAGUGGUUGGGAUAGAGGAGCUACGGCAGGUGGUAGAGGCGGUCCCUGGCGGGAGGUAGCAGGAGGGGGAGGGGCAAAAGGAAACCGGCGAUCUUUCUUUUACAGAAAGGCGUCUACAGACGGCGGUAGUGGUGGGUCGGGUAGCGGAGCGACGCACUCGCCGGUCGGACCGGACUACUCAUGAGGACGAGGUGCCGUGCAGAUGCUUGUAUUUGUCGUGAAGAGAAAGAAAUGUACCAUAUGAAGACGCCUAAUCAGCUAACGUCUCGGCGAACGCGCACGAUAGUCCCUGUCUCGAGCGUGUUCCCGGUCUCGCCGAUAGCCAUCGUCGCGAUCACUCCGCCUCCGGUCCUCGGUACGAUAGUCGUCUCUCGGCCGAGUGCCUG